CGCACUGCAUAACGUCGAUGGCACAGCAGAUUCUCCAGGAUUUGCCGAGUUUUUAAACAUUCCAGGCAGCGCCACCUCGGCGAUGCGUACCAAAACGCUUGCUGGGUUUGCUAAUGAUCUCGAAUUGCCGCAGGGAAAUUACAACGCCUGGCGGACGUUGACAAUUAAAAACAAUGGUAAUAUUAUGGCCCACGCCGUUGAAAUUUAUUUAAACAUGGUGAAAAAACUGGAGGCGGAACCGUCGCUCGGUUUUACGGCGCAAUGCGUGUUUCAAAGCUUAUCGGUGGAGCAGUUCCGACAGGCCGCAGCAAACGGCGGCAACGUGCUCGGGCUCGAGAAUCGUAGCGAAAACCUUGUUUUGUUUCUCGGAAUGGUGGCCAUUAAAAAUUUUGCGGUCGAAAAUGGAGCCGACGACGAAUUUCUCUUUUUCAAUUACGCCGACCUUAGCCAAAACCCUUUGGGCAGCUAUGGCAACAAAAACAUUGCGUUUAUGGAAAAAGUUGCGCGCAAAUACGACCCGAACGGAAUGUUUCAACGAAAUAUGCCUGGAGGAUUUAAAUUGUCAAACGCUCGAACAACUGCGUAUCUAAAGUGA